AUGAGGAAGCUGUUUCUGGAUGAGAAAAAUAUGAACUGCAGUGCAAUCUUGGAGGAGGAGGAGGAAGAUCUUACCAUUCAGACGGUGGAAGAUGGAGCUUUGAAUCCUGCAAAAUACGAUUUCGGAGUCCCUGUUGGAAAGUUGCUAGGUUUCAUCGUCAGUCACCGCGGCAUUGAGUUAGACCCGUCAAAAAUCAAAGCUAUUCAGGACCUGCCACCGCCAAAGAGCAAGAAGGAUAGGAAAUAUGCUACGAUGAGUUGGACUGAAGAGUGUCAAAAGGCUUUCGAUAAAAUCAAGGAGUGCCUGUCCAAGCCGCACGUGUUGGUCCCACCAGAGCCCGAGAGACCUCUACUACUAUACCUACCUGCGUUGGAUGGAGCCUUUGGUUGCGUCUUGGGGCAACAUGAUGAAACCAGAAGGAAAGAGCAAGAAAUAUACUAUAUGAGCAAGAAGUUCAUACCUUACGAAGCCUGGUACUCUUUGUUGGAACGUACCUGUUGUGCACUGACAUGGAUAGCUGAUGAGGCUCUACCAUUUAAAGCACAAUUAGCAUCACUAUCAUUUUCAAAUCACAUUUUCCAAUUAAGCAUAACACUUAUGGAUUUGGUUGGUACUAAAAAUUAG